AUGUCCACAGAACUUGACGAGCUGCGGCGCCUUCUUGCAGAGGAGCAACGUCUUCGUGCAGAGGAUCGGGAGAGGACAUUAAAAACCAGCCUACCCACAUUUCUCGAUGGUCUCCAUAACUACCUCUUCCUCGGUCUUGGAGUUCAGCAGGAUAAGACAAAAUCCACGCGUGGAGAUCCCGUAAAUGCGACCAACAAACUCCGCCCCAGAAAACUUAAAGCUUGGGGAUCUUUCGCGAAAGAACAAGUGGAAAUUUGGCGAUUGCUGAUGGAUUCAUCACUUGUGGAAGACAGACUGUUCACUUCCCUUCAUACCCUGGAAGAAACGGGAGAAAGCAUUCGACGACAGCUCGUCGGCUCCGAACUUGACCUUCACCACUUUCUUCGCCAGACCGUUGAGGACCAUGUUUCGAAAAUCAUCGAAGAGCUCUACAAUGAUCCAACACUACGACAAGUAUUUGGGUUAAGAGGGUCGAUCCGUUUUGAAAACCACUCCAAUACACUAAGCCCUGAGCGGGAACUUGAGGAGGGAAUGCAGAAUAUCGAUAUUCGUGGCCGGCGACGUUCAUCGCGUUUAGCUGCCCGAGAACAAAGCGCAUCAAGCAAUACAGCAACGCGUGACCCGAGAACCCCGCCUCCGGCACGAAGCAGUAGGCCUCGUGCUGACCAAUUCUGCGUCUAUAACAUUCCCAGUCAAUCAUCCGAAUCGGUCCAUCGCAUUGCAGCCUAUAUAAAGGAGUAUAAGUCUCCGCGUAAGGUGAAACUAGGCCACAUUUAUGGAGGGCUAGAGGAUAUGGACAUUGAUAAAGUGGUUGAGCAAGAAAAAAACGAGACCCUAAAAGUUCGGUUCCAUCGCGCGAUUGCUGGGCUUCUCGUGCAGCCAUAUGACUAUAUGAUUCGCGCUGGUACGCAAAUGGGAGUCCUCAGUACUGGCGAAGCUGAUAUCUAUCUACGAAUUGGGGAAGAUCCUGGGACGCUUUUGUACCACCUCUCUGUUCCAAAGGGAGAUGUUGGGGAUUACACUGGCUGGGACCCCCAUUCGAGUGGCCCAAAUCGUCUGCAUUUAACUGCGGUGGGACAGUCUCUUGCUUUCACCCUCCAGGCGCUUAAGUUGCGGCCUCGGAACCAGGCUUGGAGGCAGCAAGCAAUCAACUCGUUGCCAAGGUGGAAAGUGGUUGUCGCAGAUAUUCUGAGCAGUAUCCCAGAUGCUGAGACGCACAAGGUAAUUCAGACGACGACCAACCUGACCCCCAUACGCCGAGUCGCGAUCCGCGCAUUUAUCGCAACAUCGAACGGAGGCAUCCACCGCCGACCCAUCCAACGCAUACGCCAGCUACACAAGGAUCAUCAGCAGAAAACAACCGGCGCUACUGCACGUUAA